AUUAUUCAGUGCGUAAUUAAAUUAUUUGAUUUAAUUUGGGCAACAGAGCCAUAAGUCACGCCAAUUACUCGCCAAAUAACAAUAAAAUGUGAUUAAAACUUUCCGGGUUUUCCCCAGCAGUGUUUUUGUUAUCUGUCUUAAUGGCUAAAAAUCAGAUUUCUCGCCGAUAAAAAUGAACAACAAAGUAAUGCAAACUCAUUCCAAGUGUGCACUUUUAAAUCCUAGUCAGAAUUACUUUAAAAUCGAUUUUAACAAUAAUGUCAUCAAGUGACCCCACCAGUGCCAACGUCGUAAAAUUCGCUUCUUUGGAUUCUGAAACGCAGGCUCUCUUAAGACAAGCCACCGCCAGUCGUCUUUUUGCGUACUGUCCCUACUCCAAGUUUCAAGUGGGGGCUGCAGUUGCCACCACCACGGGGGCUAUUUUCGGGGGAUGUAAUAUUGAAAAUUCGGCCUACACUGUGGGGAUUUGUGCCGAACGGACGGCUCUAGCCAAGGCCAUUAGUGAAGGGUUCCAAAGUUUCAAAGCUGUGGCUGUGAUAGGCAACCAAGAAAACGUCUACACCACCCCAUGUGGCGCCUGCAGGCAGUUCAUGAGCGAAUACGGCAACAUGAAAAUUUUUAUUUCGAAGUCGGACCUGGAGCACGUUUUUGUGACCGAUUUGGGGCAACUCUUGCCCCACCAGUUCCAGUCACCAACAAUUAAUCAAUAAAUUUAUUAAAAUGUACCAAA